AUGGGCGACACAAGUGCCAAGAAAUCUAACGCCAAAAAAUUCAAAUUAUUUAAAUUAAACGUGUUUGGAAGCCUGAGUAGCCUUCCGAGGGCUUUUCGUAGACGGCAAUCUCAAGAUACAAAUUUAAGCAGUAACGCCAGCUUCGAUAACAUUUUAGAGAAGACUCAGGAUGACCUCACCAGCAUACCCAGGAGCCCUUCCUAUGCUCGGUCUAGUGACAUGUACAGCCACAUGGGAACAAUGCCAAGAUUCAACAAGAAAACUUUCAAAUCCAAGAGGGAGAAGAGCAGGCCAGAUCCACCCCCCAUGAUGUCACAGUCAGUAAGUGACCUGUUAGAUGAUGAAUCCAAUGAAAUUAUAGUGGUUCCAUCUGUGAUGGCGGCCAAGAAAGCAGUAAUGAAAACACAAGGUUCAAACUCAAGUGUAACUAAUGAACAUGAUGUUGAGAACGAUCACAAGAAGGGUAAUCUAAGAUCUGACCCAAUGGACAACCCAAGUAAUCCUCCUUCAAACACUCUCUAUGGUGGCAAGCACGACCCAAAUGACUUGGUGGGGGCAGAGAGUUCCAGAAAACAAAGUCAAGAAUUGGUAGAGAAGAAUGUACAAGAACAUGACACAGUAAACUGCGAUGAAAGGUAA